AUGAAAUCUUCCCCUCUCUCUCUCACCUCCCCCCGCGUGCUUCUCCUUGCAGCGAUACUCGCGAGGCUGUCUGCGGCGAACGACGAGCUCGAAUUCGACGAGGUGACGUGCGGCUCCAUCGUGAAGCUCCUCAACACGAACUAUCGCACGCGCCUCCACUCGCACGACGUCAAGUACGGCUCGGGCAGCGGUCAGCAGUCGGUGACGGCGGUCGACGUCAGCGACGACCACAACAGCCACUGGCAGGUGCGCGGGCCGCACAACGCAGCCGCGUGCGUGCGCGGCGCUGUCGUGCGCUGCGGCGACGCCAUACGACUCAACCACGUAGCGACAGGACGCAAUCUGCACAGUCACUUCUUCCAGUCCCCGCUGUCACACAACCAGGAGGUCAGCUGUUUUGGGGAGGGAGGUGACGGAGACACGGGAGACAACUGGGUGGUUGUCUGCUCAGGCGAUCACUGGGAGCGGAACGAGCCGAUCAGGCUGCGGCACCAGGACACAGACGCCUACCUGCACCUCACGGGCGACUCGUACGGACGCCCGAUCCACGGACAGAAGGAGGUGAGCGGCUACGCGAGCCCGCACCCGGGCAACUACUGGCGCACGCAGGAGGGAGUCUACAUGAUGCCGAAGAGAACCGACGUCGUAUGAGACGACGGCCACGUGGCUAGCCUGCGUGCAGUGCUAGCAGGACUGCUAGGUUAGCACGCGUAGACUAGCCUGCAUGGCUAGUCUGCAGUGCUAGCAGGACUGCUAGGUUAGCACGCGUAGACUAGCCUGCAUGGCUAGCCUGCGUGCAGUGCUAGCAGGACUGCUAGGUUAGCACAUGUAGACUAGCCUGCAUGGCCAGUCUGCAGUGCUAGCAGGACUGCUAGGUUAGCACGCGUAGACUAGCCUGUAUGGCUAGUCUGCAGUGCUAGCAGGACUGCUAGGUUAGCCUGCAUGGCUAGCCUGCAGUACUAGCAGGACUGCUAGGUUAGCACGCGUAGACUAGCCUGCAUGGCUAGCCUGCAGUGCUAGCAGGACUGCUAGGUUAGGAUGCCUAGACUAGCCUGCAUGGCUAGUCUGCAGUGCUAGCAGGACUGCUAGGUUAGCACGCGUAGACUAGCCUGCAUGGCUAGUCUGCAGUGCUAGCAGGACUGCUAGGUUAGCACGCGUAGACUAGCCUGCAUGGCUAGUCUGCAGUGCUAGCAGGAAUGCUAGGUUAGCAUGCGUAGACUAGCCUGCAUGGCUAGCCUGCAGUACUAGCAGGACUGCUAGGUUAACACGCCUAGACUAGCCUGCAUGUGGUACUAGCAGGACUGCUAGAACUGCGGUGCUUGCGUGCUAGCAUUGCAGUGGGAGUCGGACUGGGGUGCAUUCUGUGAUCACAAACUACCGGAUGCUUCUUUCUAAACUUGCCCGAACAGUUAGAUCAAGAAGAAAACCAAUGUACAAACAGGGCAAACGUAUCCUGUCAAUUAGGAAAGUGUUCUGUGUGUCAGCGUUGGUUCACAAAUGGGGGUAGGGUUUUGUUUACUUAAUAGUGCACGAGAAAAUUUGGUCCAUUUUGAUACUUCAACACUAUCAUUCCGUACAAGAUUGGUCGAAUAUUGUGACAUGCACACCAAAACUUGUUUACGCGAGAUUAAAUAGUAUAAUUUUACGAAAUCGGUCUGAUUCAAAACCAGAAUAGUACAACUUGUGUCAUCACUGCGAGGGGCAGCACAAGAAGUGUUAUCAAUUGUUAGCAAUAAAUGUCCAAUGGCUGUCUUUAAAAUCAAGUUUUUAUUUCUUUCUGAAGAAUAUUUAACAACAAAAUUAGGUUUAAUAAUUUGAACAUAAUUACAACUCGAUUCAACCAAGAAGACGGCUUACGACCAGGUGUGUGUUAACCUUUAAGUUAAUUUUCUUCAUGCCAGUUCCAAAAUUGGUUUGACUGUCGCAUGUCAGUCUGUAUGUACGUACGUAUACAUAUGAAAAAGAAAGGUAUGUUGUACUAGUUAUUGGUGGUAUAAUCAAUAUAUCACAGGUGCCUCUGUUUUUAUUGAGGUUACAUUAUGUGUAUCACAGAACCUUUGUGAAGAGGGCAGUUUGAGAUAUUUUGGAGUUUCAUAGCUUUGGGAGUAACGGCAUCAUAUUUUAACUUUGUCAGUGCAAUUUUCACUUGUGUCUGCUUCUUGUAAUCCGUGUGCGUGUUGAUAACUUUUUAAUAAAUGUUGGACAAAUGUCAAAAUAGACAUUGUUGACCACAAACUAGAAA